UUUCAGUCUCUAAUUCCCCUAUAGUUUUAUAACGUGUUUGGAUGCUUUUAUUGUGAAAGAAAACGUGCGGAAGUAGAUGUGUUCUUCUGUCAAGAAGUGAAGUCGCAGGACGACGAGUUGUUUAUUAUUCGGUCACAAGACAAAGAUGGCGUCAAGCAGUACGAGCAGCGAGGAAGAGCAGAACCUCAGGGAGUGUGAGCAGUAUGUGCAGAAGCACAACAUCCAGCAGCUGCUCAAGGACUGCAUCAUCCAGCUGUGCACGUCCCGGUCUGAGCGGCCCAUGGCCUUCCUCAGAGACUACUUUGAAAGACUGGAGAAGGAGGAGGCCAAGCAGAUGGCUUCACAGCAGAAGUCCAGUUCGUGGUCAGACUCCCGUGAGGAUGAGGUUUCUCCACCCAUGAACCCUGUGGUGAGGGGUCGGAGCCGGAGAGGGGCCAUCAGUGCUGAGGUGUACACAGAGGAAGACGCUGCGUCCUAUGUGAGAAAGGUCAUCCCAAAAGACUACAAGAGCAUGGCCGCUCUGUCCAAAGCCAUGGAGAAGAAUGUGCUGUUCGCUCACUUGGACGACAAUGAGAGGAGUGACAUUUUUGACGCAAUGUUUUCGGUCAACUUCAUUGCUGGAGAAAUUGUCAUCCAACAAGGUGACGAGGGAGACAACUUCUAUGUUAUCGACCAAGGAGAGAUGGAUGUAUAUGUGAACAGCGAGUGGAUGACCAGUAUUAGUGAGGGAGGUAGUUUUGGGGAGCUGGCUCUAAUCUAUGGGACCCCCCGUGCAGCUACAGUGCGGGCCAAGUCCAAUGUCAAGCUGUGGGGCAUCGACAGAGACAGCUACAGAAGAAUACUGAUGGGGAGCACUUUGAGAAAACGCAAGAUGUAUGAGGAGUUCCUCAGCAAGGUGUCCAUUUUAGAGUCUCUGGACAAGUGGGAGCGCCUGACUGUGGCUGAUGCCCUGGAAAAGGUGCAGUUUGAAGACGGCCAGAAGAUCGUGGUGCAGGGAGAGCCUGGUGACGAGUUCUUCAUCAUCCUGGAGGGGACAGCAGCGGUGCUUCAGAGGCGGUCGGAGGACGAGGAGUUUGUGGAGGUCGGCAGACUUGGACCGUCGGAUUACUUUGGUGAGAUCGCCUUGCUGAUGAACCGACCCCGCGCUGCCACUGUUGUUGCGUGCGAAGCCCUCAGGUGUGUGAAACUGGACCGGCCACGGUUCGAGCGAGUCCUGGGUCCCUGCUCUGACAUCCUGAAGAGAAACAUCGAGCAGUACAACAGCUUCGUCUCCCUCUCUGUCUGAGGGCCACUCGCUCCCGCAGGGUCCAUCAGCACACGUCUACUUCAUAUGUGUAACCACACCCACAUGAUCACUUAAACACAUCUGUUACUUUUCUUUUUUUAAUUUCUAUUUAUUGUAUGUUUUAUCAGAAGCUGGUAUUUGUCUUCUGACAGUUGCUGAAGCUGUAAUCCCAAUUCCGAAUUGGUAGCAGGACGCCGGUAAGGACACAGGUACAUUUCCUCAGAGCUCCUUUAGAAGUGUUCAACACCACUUCAGAGAUAACCGAGGAGAAGAAAGAUGUAUGUACGCUGAAGCUCCUUUGUUUUCUUGCAUCCUAGCGUUAACUAGCGGAAGCAGUAACAUCAUUGUUAUCUCUACCGUCCAAGGCAGAAAACAACCAUAAAAAAAAUCCCAAUUUGAACAAAUAACCUUGUGUUUAAUGCCCAGAAGUAUUAAUAAGUACGCUGGUUGCGUUACUCACUGAGCUAGUAGAAAAAGGCUACUUUCCGUGUUUGAAGCCUCUCAAAUCCUGGAGCUCUCUUUAUAGAGUGAAUGCCCGUCUGAGGUUCACUCUUGUUUAUCUCUUUUUCUAUCACUCUCCUUCACAUGCUCUGUCAACAAGAUUAUUUUUUCUCUUGUGUGGUUGAGCUGUUUUUGUCAAUUCAACUGUUCCACCAUGAUACCUGAUACCUGGAGAACACUCUUCUAUUCCGUGUUUUGGUUACGCAAUGAGUGACGUAGUUCCUUUUUGCCGUGAAUCGAGUCGCCAUUUUUCCUGCAAAAACUGCGUCCCGGUGGUUUAGAGAAUAAGUUGGCAAGAGCAAGGCUUAUAGGGACCAAUAUUAGGGCGGAUGGUGUCGUUCACUUUUACACUGCAAUGAAUUUUAACAUCAUUAUGACAAGUAUAAGCCAAAAAGUUGUCUAUUUUCCACUUUAACCACUUAGGUCACUUGUCAUUGUCUGUCUUGAAGUCAUGAUUUCUGCUCCUCUGUUCAACAUGUCAGAUUCAUACAUUUCACUUAGCAUUUCCAGUUGAUUUUUAGCAUUGAAUUGAUAAUAGAGUGAAUAACAAUGGUGACAUUUUAUCUUUGUUUUCUUUCUGCUCUUCAAAUUUGUUAUUUGUCCCUUUAACUCUGUUGACAUCAUGCUGUGCUAUUAUAUCCCUGCUACACAUCUAUAUAUUGAAAGUAAAUAACUGUAUUUUUUUACGUUUUGUGAUAUACAAAUCUAUAUUAUCAGAGCGAAAAUGUUUAUAUGCUGUUAAGCUUCCUGUUUGGUCUGGAUCUGAUCCCAUCAUUUAAAGGGAGCACAGGUCAAUACUUACAACAACAAAACUUAGAUUUACAAAAAUGGGGCAGGGUACCUGCUCUGGGUAAUUCAUGUAUUUGUCCUCCAUGGAGUUUCUGUCAAAUAUUGUUCUGCCCUAGUACAAAAGACAUGAAUGGGCUUUGUGAUCAUAAACAUUGGUACUGAUGAACACCUAGUAUGAAUCAUUUGAAACAGUGAACUGUGUUGUAAUAAAGGAGGAUUCCAGAUAGUCUUGCACUUCCCUAAAGUUGGGGACCUUGUGAGAGACGGAUUUAAAACAAAGAAUUGCCCUUUCAUAAGCAGCAAAGCCCUAUGUAUCCUUAGUCUUAGUACCUAGUAUAUGUAUGUCAAACUUCAUCACUGGUCUUUCAUUUGCAGCUUCGUCUCUAAUUCGAAACCUUGUGCCCGUUAAACACCCAGAGCUUUAAAAAACCCAUGCUUUUAGUUUGUGACAGACAUUUGUUGAAAAUCUUUCGUCGUUAUUUAGUUUCCUCAGACAUGAGAACCUCAGAAGAAGAAAAGACAGCUGUGUUCUGAGUCCCAGUCGUUCUCACGAUGAGUAAACUGCUAUUAAUGUGUGACAGUGGUGGAGUGUAAUUAGUCAGUCCUGCCCUCUUAUUUGUGAUAUACGUGACGGGUAUAGAUUUAUCAGUACUAGAGCAGAUACAAUGUCAACACAACCCUUAACAUAUUUCUUUACAAUACCCUUAUUAAAAGAAAUCAAAUCUGUCAUGUGUUUAACACUGACCGGUACAGAUGCAACCAUACAGGAAGCUUCUUUCCGAAACUGAUCUCUGAAUGAGUAAAGAAGAGGAGGAGGUGUGCAUGUCUUCUUUGGGAUAGAGGUUUUACAGAUGAUAUAAACAGCUGAGCUACACCAGUAAACUUGCCUUAUACUCAGUGCUGAUGCUCGUCCCUGAAUUGUUUUGUUACAUAUCUCAUCCAGUGAUUUCCCACAUUCCUGACUAGGUCAUUACUGCAGCAAGUGCAGAUGCUGAUCUUUUUUUUUUCCUUGACAUUUAUUUUGUCCCAUGUGUUGUUGUUAUGAAUGUGCAUAGACACUUAAGUGUUAAACAACUCUGAUCUGCUCCAGUUUUCACAGAUGUCUUUAUUCACUUGUGUUGCACACUACUUGCCAUUUAAACAGUAUUGGUGUCAUUUUUGACUUGGUACUGUAAUAUAUUUUUUAAUCAUUAUACUCACAGUAUCUCUCACUGACCAAGUGUGAACAUGUCGCGCUGCCUUCACCUGGAUUGUUUUCUGUUUUCAGCCUUGGUUAGUACCCUGCUCUAACACAGCACCCUGCCGUUGCGUGACUCUCUGUGAACCUUCUUUACUACAGUUUUUAUGCCCUGUACUCAGUGUGAUAGUGUUGCUGUGAUUCUCUGUAGAACUUCCCCACAGCAGCUCAAGCAAUAAACAUAUCAGUCUUUUCA